CAGUUUGAUAUUUACUAAAUGAAAUUUUAUUAAAAUUGAACUGAAUGGCCUUAAUUCAUUCUCGUAAUUCUUUGGAGACUUGAAUAUUAUUUCUUCUUACUGAUGAACACAAGACGCAAAGCUUGAGUAAUUUGGAGUCACACAACUAAAUAGCAGAACUGGGGACUAUAAUCCAGGCCUUUUGAUUCUAACCCAUAGAUAUACUGAAAUUGUCCUCUGUUUCCACCAGAGACAUCUGCCUGGGCUUUAUCUUCCUCAGGAUAUCAACUGAGUAUUUUAAAUGCAUUUAAAGUUAGCUAAAGUCAAUCUCCACUGGGCGCAUGCGUCCCUUCCUUUCCCCUCUCACCCCCACGGUGGAGGCACACCGACUCGCUUCCUUCCGUCUUGACGCCUUUUGGCCCCAGCGACUCGCCGUUGCCCAAACUGAGACGUUCGCUAGUCGAAGUGAUGGCGACUGGGACACCAGAUUCGCAAGCGCGAUUCGGUCAGUCUGUGAAGGGGCUCCUCACCGAGAAGGUGAACACCUGUGGUACGGACGUGAUCGCGCUCACCAAGCAGGUGCUGAAAGGCUCCCGGAGCUCCGAGCUGCUCGGUCAGGCAGCUCGAAACAUGGUCCUGCAGGAAGAUGCCAUCUUGCACUCGGAAGAUAGUUUAAGGAAAAUGGCGAUAAUAACAACACACCUUCAAUACCAGCAAGAAGCUAUUCAGAAGAAUGUCGAGCAGUCUUCUGACUUACAGGACCAGUUGAAUCAUCUGUUGAAAUAGAACAGCUUGCAAGAGGGAAAAGCACUUCUUUGCCAGACACUGAGAAGGAAAUAUUUUACUCAACUGCUGUCCUAUGGGUUUGAUUUUCCAUUUUCUUCUCCAAAAGUUAAGUUAGAAAAGAUUUAUGAUGAUGUAUAGUUUCCUCUGAAGAGAAGCUAGGUGGUUGAAUUUUGGAAGUACUUCUUGAGGCUAAGUCAUGCUCUUACUGAAGUUUUUAAUUGCUCUCUUUAGUUUGAUGUUAAAGCAAAAUUAAAGAGGUCUUGGUUUUUCCCAUAGAACUUUUAUAUGUCAAAAGCUAUAUCAUCUAAAUGUGAUUCUUUUUUUAAAAUGUGAUUCUUAAGCAAAUGCUGAAUGAUGUUUUAAAUUCAGAAAUACGGCUUCUGUUGUGAAAACAGGAAUGCUUAAUAUUGUUUUUAAAGACUUUUUUUCUUUUAAUCAUACAUUCAGGAAAUUUCAUGGUUGUGGAAUGGUGAUAGGUAGUAUCUGUUCUUUUCUAUUAACUCGGAGGAGAAAUUUAUUUUAUUCGUUGUAGCAAUUCUUAAAUGAAAAGUAGGCAAAUGGUAUAUCUGGCCAGCUGUGACCCCCUGCCUUGACCUGCACUCCUAGUUUCUUUGUUGUGAGUCUUGAUUAGUUGGCCUUGGGUUCAUUUUGUAAUUUUGCUAGUCAUCAGCAGAUUCACUUGUAGAACAUUAUUGCCAAGUGCAAAGGCAGUUGAAUUACUGGGAAUGAUUGCAGUGUAGGGUUGUGCCAUGGUGAAAACCUUAUGUUUUCAUUUAUUUGCCCAUGUUCAUCUAAUUCUGCUUGCUAAAAGGCAUGACCUUUGAAUGUCUUUGUUUGAAUUUUAAGUAGGACUCCAUUGUGUUCUAGUUCAUUUCUUACUUCACUAAAGAAUUAGGAGAAAGCUGACAUAAGAAAAUGGUGUUUUCAGGGAAAGAAAAAAGGCAAGGAAGAGUCCAAUUUAAUUCAUACUGUAUCAUCAAGUCGACUAAUCAUAUUAGAUUGUAUUUAUCCCUCAUUAUACUUGUACACAUCAACUUACAGCAAAAGAAAAAAAUAGGUACAGUUAUGCAUUCAUUUCAUAAACUCUCAUUACAGUUACUAAAUGUAAAUGGGUUCAAUUCACCUUCAAAAAGAAGGGUCACAAAUUGGCAGCAAAUGUCACGUUAAGAGUAAAAUAUUUGAAGCAUUAUUAGUGGAUGUUACUAUCACUGUUGCUACUCAGCGUUUUGAUGGAGACCAUGUCUAGUGCAGAAGUUAAAAGUAAGUAUAGCUAAUGGGGUGCCUGGGUGGCUCAGUCAGUUAAGUGUCUGCCUUUGGCACAGGUCAUGAUCCCAGGGUCCUGGAAUCGAGCCCCAAGUUGGGCUCCCUGCUCAGUGGGGAGGCUGUUUCUCCCUCUCCCUCUGUCUGCCACUCCCCUUGCUUGUACUCUCUCUCUGUCAAAUGAAUGAAUAAAUGAAUGAAUGAAUGAAUAAAUAAAUAUCUAAAAAAAAAAAAAGCUAUUAGCAACAAAAGCAACAAAGAGACAAAAUUAUUAUCAUAUGUUAGGAUUAUCUGCUUAGGAAAUCCAAGGACUGAUUUUUUUUUUUUUAAAGGGUCAUCAAUUUAGAAAACAAAACAAAGUUCAAUUAUCCAAGUAUACAAGAUGCAAAGAAAUACCUAACACGACAUUUGUAAAAUAUUAAAAAUUAAAAUGAAGGUAUGGUCUAAUUUUCCCUCAUCAUGGUAGAACAAAUAGUAAAGUAGCAGUGACUGCGUACAUUAUACCUCAUAAAUUUCACCCUCAAAAUUUUAAUGGUAAAUAUCAAAUUUACAUUAAAUAAUGAAAACCUAGUAGUACUAAAUUUAGUCAUUUUAAGGAAUAUAAUGCCAAAAUACAUGGAAGAAGAAUAGUCAGAAAUGUAUAAGUAUUCAGAAAUUUAUACAUAAUUUGAUUCUAUAUCUGUUACAGAAACAAAUGGGUUAGGUAGAAUUAAAUGGUGAUCAAACAUUAGAAACAAAAAUACUUCUUUAAAUAACAUCUGGGUUGUAGAGGAUAUGUUGAAGGCCAGUAUUUUUAAAAUAAUGAAAUUUCAAAUUCUAUGCAAGAAAAUUAAUGUGAUAAUACCUAAGCGGUACUAUAAAGAAAAAAAAUCAUGCUGUAAAUCUCUGUAUUAAGGAAAAGGGUGAAAUGUUUUCUUAUUUUAGGUGUUUGUGGUUAGAACUUAAAUCAAAAUAGAAUAAGAAAACCAAGAAUGAAUGAUAAAAAUUUGAAAAAAUAUAUGAUAUCAUAAUUUGUUCUUUUUUUUUUUUAAGAUUUUAUUUAUUUGACAGAGAGAGAGAGAGAGAGAAAACAAAGAGAUAGGGCAACAGGCAGAGGAAGAGGGAGAAGCAGGCUCCUGAAGUGGGGCUCGAUCCCAGGACCCUGGAUUCAUGACCUGAGUGACAGUGGAUGCUUAACCAACUGAGCCACUAAAAGGCACCUCACAUUAAUUGGUUCUUAUAGAUUAAAUUGGUAAAGUAUUGGGACACCUGACUGGCUCAGUCGGUGAAGCAUGUGACUCGUGAUCUUGGUGUUGUAAAUUCAAGCCCCAAAUUGGGUGAGAAGAUUACUUAAAAAUAAAAUCUUUUAAAAAAAAUUAAAUUGGUAAAGUAUCAGCUCAAUCUGAAAGUACAAAUCAGUAAAUUUAUAAUUGAAAUGGAGAUAAAUAAAGUAAAUCAAUUAGAUUUUAAAAGCAUGACCUGUCAGGUUGAUUCUAAAGAUUUGAUUACUAGUGUCAAAAUGUCCAGCUUCUUUGAAGAUAUAAUAUU